CGACAGUACUCUACUACCCACCGCCACCUCCAUCAAAAUUACUUCCAGAAAUCCAAAUUUAUCCAUAGAAUAGUACAAACCUCAAAGACCAUGAAAAGCUGGAGCGAGAUAAAGCAAUAAUUACAUCGUCUGGUUGUCCAGCACAAUUAAUGAAUCAAACCACACACAAAAAAAAAAGCUACUGCUUCAGUACUUUUCUUUUGAUUCUUUUCUAGUUGGAAAAGCAAUAUCAAGGUUGUGAAAGGGCAACUGGGUAUAAGCCAAAUUCUCUUGUCUACAUCUCUCUUUCCAUAUUUCAAUCCAAUCAAUUGCCUAUCACAAUCCCAAUUUUAGCAGUAUUUGAUUUGGAAAUUUUGCUUUGGAAACAUGGGUUGUUCUGCUUCUCGUUCUGAAGCCUUUGUUUCAAGAGAUCAAAAACAGAAUCAAAUUCAGUCCUCAAAUUUUUCAUCUUCUUCACUUUCCCAAUCUCCUUAUUCCAGUUUCUCAUCCUCGACCCCUGUCUCAAGAACCCUGUCUUUUGGUACCCCUUUAGUCCACCACCCACCUAUUCGGAAAGGGGAUACUAAUCACUUGGUGUCUCUUACAUCCACUACUUAUGGUUCUCUUAUCCUGAUUGACACCCCUAAACCUAAUUUUGAUCGCCAGGAUUUUGUAAAUUCGACAGCCCAGAUUGUUAAACCUCAAAAUAUGGGUGAUUCUGGUGACCCUUUAUCCCCAGACUCGGUUAUAAAUACUUGGGAGCUCAUGGAAGGGUUAGAUGAGCUUGAUUUUGAGGUAAUUGAAUCUCCUACCUUGAAGUCCCCUAAAAGAACCAAGUCAAAGACUUUUGACAAUGGGUUGAAGAAAGAUUUGGAUGGGAGUGAGUUGGAAAAGGGUUAUGAGUUUGUUGAGCAUUCAGAUUCUAAGCCAUUGUGGCAGCAUUUGUCUGAGGAGUCAUUGUUGGCUAAAUUGGAUCCCAAUGUGGUAUCUAGUUAUCAGAGAGCGUUGCUGAGUAAACAGUCUGGGGUGAAGGAGGUGAAACAAUGGUCACAACCCGAAAAGAUUGAGCCGUUGGAGUCUCCUCCUCCUCCCAAGUAUAGUUCAUUCCGGCCCAAGAGUGAUGCUUAUUUGUCAGGAGGUGAAAAUAAGGUUGUCUUGUAUUAUACUAGUUUGAGAGGGAUUCGGAAGACUUAUGAAGAUUGCUGCUUUGUGCGGAUGAUUUUUAGGGGCUUUAAUGUGUGUGUGGAUGAGAGAGACAUAUCCAUGGAUUCUUCCUAUAGGAAGGAGUUGCAGGGUAUGCUAGGGGUGGCAGCUGUGCCACAAGUUUUUAUUAAGGGAAUGCAUAUUGGUGGUGCAGAGGAAGUUGGGCUGCUUCAUGAUGGAGGGGAAUUAGCUCAACUUUUGGAAGGCAUUCCUGUGAAGGAUUCUGGUUUUGUUUGUGAAAGUUGUGGGGAUGCAAGGUUUUUGCCUUGCCCGAAUUGUAAUGGUAGUAGGAAGAUAUUUGAAGAGGAUGAGGGGAAAUUAAGGAGAUGUCCAGAUUGCAAUGAGAAUGGACUGGUUAGGUGCCCCAGCUGCUGUUCAUAAUUUUGGCUAAUGGUGAAUGUCACCUAUUCUUACUUCUUUGCUGUGUUAUCAUUUGGAGAAUUGUAUGUACAUCUACCACAGCAGGAUUUGCUCUAGAAUUGUUUGUUUCUUUUUAGCUGUGUAUAAUGCUUGCCUUUAUAACUUUUUUAGGUUUGGGUGUUCAUUGCCAUUUUGAACGAAGCUAUUUAUUGAAUAAAACGAAUGCCUUAUUCGUGUUUAUUUUUUCAUUGUUUGUCUGUACACUAAUUUUUGUUUACCAGAAUACAUUCAUUCUGCCAUUGCUCUUAUCAUUGUAGCUUGCUUUGAGUGCUUUCAAAUUGUAGCAGAAUAGCGCGGUUUUCCUUGUAAUCAAUCCAGAAAACUAGCUAUGAACGAAU